AUGGCGCUUUCUGAAUUUACUUUCAAAUACGUGGCUCAGAAGUCAGUCAAAGGCCAGGGGUUGGCUCAAUUUCUUGUUGAAAUUGAAGAUAUGGAGAACGUUGAAAUAGAUACUGCACAAGUUGGCCAGUUAUAUCACGAGCCUUGGCUACUAUAUUUUGAUGGCUCAAGCACCAGUGACUCCGCCGGGGCAGGAAUAGUGAUUAAAUCUCCAACCGGCCAAAAGCAUCAAUAUGCCUUCAAACUGGACUUUAACUGCACAAACAACCAGGCUGAAUAUGAAGCCUUAAUAAUUGGCCUGGAAGUAUUGGAAGAGCUUGGAGCAACAAGAGUUAAGGUGUUUGGGGACUCACUAUUAGUCAUCAAUCAAAUGCUCCGGGUUUUUAGAUGUUCAAAUCUCUCGUUGGCCACUUAUUAUGCCGCCGCACAACAACUUCUUAGUUGUUUUCAUGAUGUGGAAUUUCACCAUCUUCCGCGAGAACUCAAUCGUGAAGCGAAUGAAAUGGCUCAAAUUGCUUCCGGCGUCAGCAUUCCAGCAGGCCAGACUAACAAAAUCAUCACAAUUGAGAGAAAAUCGUUGCCAUCUUUGGCCGAGAGGGGUAUGCCGGCCGAUGUCUUUGAGCUUGACGUGCCACUUGGUGAUUGGAGAUUUUACAUAAUCCAACACCUUUUGAUGAAAACUGAUGGCGGUGGGAGCCGAAAAAUUAGAAUGUUGUCUAGCAAGUUCAUAAUUAAAAAUGGUGAACUGCUAAGGAAAAGUCCUGAUGAUGACCUUCUUCUUCGUUGCCUCGGCUCCGAAGAUGCCCAGCUAGUAAUGGAUGAAGUUCAUGAGGGUAUUUGCGGAGCACACCAGGCUGGGAUAAAAAUGAGAUGGUUAAUUAGGAGACAUGGCUACUACUGGCCAACUAUUCUUAAAGACUGUAUUGAGUAUGCUCGAGGAUGUGCUCCAUGCCAACUUCACGGGUCCAUUCAGAGAGUUCCUGCUUUCCCCAUGAAUCCAAUAGUGAAGCCAUGGCCUUUUCGGGGCUGGGCAAUGGAUAUAAUUGGCCAAAUCUCUCCCCCAUCUUCCAAACAGCACAGAUGGAUACUGGUAGCCACAGACUACUUUACAAAAUGGGUUGAGGCCGUUCCAUUCACCUCCAUAAGUAGUGCCGAGGUGAUCAAAUUCAUUGAGCAAAACAUCAUUCACCGCUUCGGUAUUCCAGAAACUAUAACAACUGACCGAGGAUCGGUAUUCAUAGCUGAAGCCGUCAUCAAACGGAUGGCCGAGUAUAAGAUGACAAUGCAGCAAUCGACACCCUAUUAUGCUCAGGCUAAUGGACAGGCUGAGGCCACAAACAAGGUCCCCAUCCAAAUUAUGGAUAAGAUGAUUCAGGAAAAUCCGCGUGAUUGGCACAAUCUUCUAUCAGAAACUUUAUGGGCUUAUCGGACCUCCAAACGCUCGGCUACAGGGACAACUCCCUUUGCUCUGACUUAUGGACAUGCUACAAUUUUACCGAUGGAAAUGACAGUCAGAUCAUUGAGAGUCGCAAUGCAAAAUAAUCUCACAGCCGACGAAUAUAGUCAGGCAAUGUUGCAAGAACUAGAAGAUCUUGACCAGGCGCGGUUGGAUGCAUAUGAUCGGCUUCAAGCUCAAAAGAAGGCUGUCGCUCGUGCUUACAAUAAAAAGACCAGAUACAAGAGUUUUGGGGAAGGCGAGCUGGUAUGGAAAGCAGUGUUACCCAUCGGCACGAAGGAUCCUAGAUUUGGAAAAUGGUCACCAAAUUGGGAGGGUCCGUUUAUUAUUGACAAAGUUCUCGGCAAAGGAGCAUAUCAUUUACGAGAUAAAGAUGGCGAACGACACGCAAUGCCCAUUAAUGGCCAAUACCUAAAGAAAUAUUAUCCCACAAUGUGGGAAGCGCGAGCUGCUGAAUAA